AUGGACAGGAAACAUGGAAAAUACAUAGUGAAUAUUGAACACGCUGAGAAACAGCCAGUGAAAGGAAAUUGCUGUAGUUAUUGGUCUCUGUGAAACAUCUUUUUUGCUUGUCUCUUAGCCUGCGUGAUAACAACAGCAACUGGAGUACUCAUAAUAUGCCUGGUGAAUAAUAGAGGAAACAACAACUCUUCUCUUGUUAUCACCCUGUCCACAGACAUUGGGGACCCUAUAGUUAUUAUUCAUGGAAAAACCUCUGCUGCUUCUCAACCUGCAGUGACCUGUUGA